AUACCCACCCGUUUUGCGUCGUAUUGCUGUCCUAAGAAAGGGGUUUUGGAGUCUGUAGGGUUUAAGAUCAUAACACUCAAGGCGGAGCUGCCCUCUCACCUCACGCGACGACGUCUCUCCUGCCGCCGUUCGCCCAGCCCAUCCACCGGCCACUUCCUUUCACACACCCACCGCCCGUUGUUCGCACUGUCUCUCCGGCCUCUGCUCUCUCUCUCGCAGUUGCAGUAUAGUAGACAAGAAUGCAAAACUCCAUUGGAAUGGGAAGAUUCUCAAUCUCACUCUCAAGGACAACCUCCCUCUAUCGCUCUUUUCUUUCCACACCCACUCUGCUUCAUCAUAUUCCUCUCCGCUUCUGCACCACCACCACCCCCUUUUCCGACUCCAACGAGGCCCAGUCAGAAGCUCCUUCCCCUGCACCAGAACAAACCGAAAGAACCUUCUACGAUCGACCCCUUGAGAACGGCCUUGAUCCUGGCAUUUACAGGGCAAUAUUGGUAGGUAAAGUGGGGCAAAGACCAUUGCAGAAAAAACUGAGGAGUGGUACUGUUGUUACUCUACUAUCAAUUGGAACUGGUGGUAUUCGCAACAAUCGAAGACCCCUUGAUCAUGAAAACCCUAGAGAAUAUGCUAAUCGAUGUGCUGUUCAGUGGCACAGGGUUACCAUUUAUCCUGAGAGAUUGGGAAAUGUUCUCAUGAAAAACGUUCUUCCCGGUUCAACUUUGUAUAUUGAAGGAAACCUCGAGACAAAGGUGUUCUCUGAUCCAAUUACUGGUCUUGUUCGCCGAGUUCGAGAAGUUGCAGUUCGUCGACAUGGUCGUGUUGUAUUUUUAAGUCCGGGAGAUGAUGCUGAUCAACAGACACAACAAAAUGACCUGAGGGCUGUUGGCUAUUAUUAAAUUUUAUGCUUCAAAUGCGAACGUGGAUUCAGCUGGCAACGGAGAAUUUUUAUUUUGUAAUUAUAUUCUGGAGUUAUACAACAAACUUGAAUAGUUAGAGACUGUUGUCAUGUUGCAAACUCUUGAUCUAAUUGAUCAUGCUUUUGCUCUUUGUAACUCAAGGAAUAUAUAGCUCGACCUUCUUGCUUAUGUAUGGUGGCGAACUUGUGACAGUGCAAGUAUUUCAGUUUCUGCUCUGGAACCUACAUUGCAUUCUGCUCCAAAGUCUGUAAGCUAGUCGUAAGAGUUAUGGCUAUGGCUAUGGAAUGCUUCUUUGCCCAAAGAGUUUGAUAAAUUUUUUAUGAACAAAUAGUUGCUUAUUAUAUUAAUGUAACUGAACUGAAUAGGACUGCAACAAUGGUUUCUUAUGCCACCAUAUACCUUGUCUAUCAUUCUGGGAAACUAAUAAAAGGUGGCUCCAGAGUCCGCCGCAAUACCAUGCUCUA